CGCGCACGGGCACAGGCACACACAGGCAGAGUGGGAGCGCGGCGGUGAGAUGUCUCACCAGGGCAAGAAGAGCAUCCCCCGCAUCACGGGCGACCAGCUUCUGAUCAAAGGAGGGAAGAUUGUCAAUGAUGAUCAGUCAUUUUAUGCAGAUGUUUAUGUGGAAGAUGGUUUAAUAAAACAGAUUGGAGAGAACCUGAUUGUUCCCGGCGGAGUGAAGACGAUCGAUGCCUACGGGCAGUUGGUGAUGCCGGGGGGGAUCGACGUCCACACCAGGCUGCAGAUGCCCAUCAUGGGGAUGACCUCUGCUGAUGGCUUCUUCCAGGGCACAAAAGCAGCCCUGGCUGGAGGCACCACAAUGAUCAUUGACCACGUGUGCCCUGAGGCCGGCAGCAGCCUCCUGGCCGCCUUCGAGCGCUGGCGCGGCUGCGCCGACAGCCAGGCCUGCUGCGACUACGGCCUGCACGUGGACAUCCCGCGCUGGCACGACGGCCUGAGCGAGGAGCUGGAGGCCCUGGGCAAGGACAAGGGUGUGAACUCCUUCCUGGUUUUCAUGGCCUACAAAGACAAGCUGCAGUGCACUGAUGCCCAGAUGUACCAGAUAUUCUGCAUGAUCCGAGACCUGGGAGCCAUCGCCCAAGUGCACGCUGAGAAUGGAGACAUCAUUGAUGAGGAGCAGAAGAGGCUGCUGGAGCUGGGGAUCACGGGGCCGGAGGGGCACGUCCUCAGCCGCCCCGAGGAGGUGGAGGCGGAGGCCGUGUACCGCGCCAUCACCAUCGCCAAGCAGGCCAACUGCCCCCUCUACGUCACCAAAAUCAUGAGCAGAGGAGCUGCAGAUGUCCUGGCUCAGGCAAAGAGGAAAGGCGCGGUGGUGUUCGGGGAGCCCAUCACCGCCAGCCUGGGCGCCGACGGCUCGCACUACUGGAGCAAAAACUGGGCCAAGGCCGCCGCCUUCGUCACGUCCCCCCCGCUCAGCCCGGACCCCAGCACGCCGGAGCACCUCGCCUCCCUCCUGUCCUGCGGGGACCUGCAGGUUGCUGGCAGUGCCCACUGCACCUUCACCACCGCGCAGAAGGCCGUGGGGAAGGACAACUUCACCCUCAUCCCCGAGGGGACCAACGGCAUCGAGGAGCGGCUGUCCAUCGUCUGGGAGAAGUGUGUGGUCUCCGGGAAGAUGGAUGAGAAUGAUUUUGUUGCAGUGACCAGCACUAACGCUGCCAAGAUCUUCAACUGCUACCCCAGGAAGGGCCGUGUUGCUGUGGGUGCUGAUGCAGACUUGGUGUUGUGGAACCCCAAGGCUACUAAAAUAAUCUCCGCCAAGACCCACAAUCUGAACGUGGAGUACAACAUAUUUGAAGGCACAGAGUGCCACGGGGCUCCGGCUGUGGUCAUAAGUCAAGGAAAAGUUGUUCUGGAAGAUGGAAACCUGUGUGUCACCCAGGGCUCAGGUCGCUUCAUUCCUAGAAAGACGUUCCCUGAUUUUGUUUAUAAAAGGAUAAAGGCAAGAAACAGGCUGGCCGAGGUCCACGGCGUCCCCCGGGGUCUGUACGACGGGCCAGUCCAUGAGGUCCUGGCCAGGGGCUCCAGCCCGGCCGCCCGCGUCGCGCCCUGCGCCGGCAAAGCCGCGGCUGCGCCCGUGCGCAACCUGCACCAGUCGGGGUUCAGCUUGUCUGGCUCGCAGGCAGACGACCACGUCGCCAGACGCACGGCUCAGAAGAUCAUGGCCCCGCCGGGCGGGCGCUCCAACAUCACCUCGCUGUCCUGAGGGGCAGGGGGGCUGCCUCCCCCGCCGCCGGGGAGUGCCCGGGGGUCAGCAGGAGAAGGGGAGGGUUCAUCCACUGCCCCAGCCCCUUCUUCUUGUAGUUAGGAAGUAGAGAGUCCCCAAGAGGUAGCGCUCCCCUCUCGAUUGCUCCCAGCCCAGCUCCUCAGCAGCGACCGGGCAGCCCUGCCCCGCAGGGUGCGGACCCCGGGCUGGUGGCCAUGGCAAGGCCGAGGGGUGUUCCAGCUGCCACCCUAGCCAAAGGGCUUCCAGCCAGCAAGCACUUCUUCACUCCGGUUUUACUACAGCCAGCAGCAUCCCCUCAGCACCCCCAGCAGAGCCCCAGUCUGGGCAGGAUGGGUGCAGGCUGCACUGGGACCUGGUCCCACGGCGCAGGGGCUGCAGGCUUUCUGUCAGGUUUGGUUUUUUAAAGAGUAUUUAUACAGGUUUUCAAGAACUGAGUAGAAGUCUUACAACCAACAAUAAGGCUCAUUUGAGGGCCAGUUGCAUAUGACAGACUCUUUUAUAAAGGUUAUGACAGCCCAUUUAUAGCUAAAGGUAUGAACAUGAAGGUGAACCUCUAGACCACAAAGCUAUGCAUGUACCUCUAGCUGAACGGCUCACCCUUCAGAUUCUCUUCCUUGCUUGGAAUAAAGUUUGUUGGAAAUCAUAAAAUGCUAGAAGAGGUUGAUCCAUCUGAGUCUAUUUUUGUGCUUUCUUCCUUUGGGUUUUUAUAAU